UAAGCCACAGAGAAGCCGCGGACGGGCCCUCCUGACGACUCCUCUACGCCGGGAGAUAAACCGACCUGCACGGCUGCACCCGGCCGCGACUCGCAGCUCCGCUCCUGCUGCUCUCGCCCGCCGCGCCGCGCCGCGCCCCUCCGGUUCUUCGCGAGCAGUUCUUGUCAGACAUUGCCAUCACCUCUUGCAAUGGAUGGAAGCCAGUAUGAUGAUGACUGGGUAUUGCCUAGUGCCGAUAUCACUCUUGUUCUUGUUGGGAAACUUGGCUAUGGCAAGAGUGCAACUGGAAAUAGCAUCCUUGGACAGAAAGCAUUUGUAUCAGAGUACUCCCAUGCUAGUGUUACUAAUACUUGUCAGAUGGGAAGCACUACCCUGAAGGAUGGUCGCACAAUCAAUGUUAUCGAUACACCAGGGUUGUUUGAUAUGACCAUUUCAUCCGAUGAUGCUGGUAAAGAGAUUGUUAAGUGUAUGAACAUGGCUAAAGAUGGGAUACACGCAGUUCUGAUGGUUUUUUCUGCCACAUCUCGGUUUUCUCGAGAAGAUGCAAGUACAGUUGAGACCAUUAAGGUCUUCUUUGGGGAAAAGAUUGUCGACCACAUGAUCUUAGUUUUUACUUAUGGAGAUCUAGUUGGUGAAUCAAAAUUGAGGAACAUGCUAAAUAAUGCACCGGAAUAUUUGCAGAACAUUGUUGAGCUAUGCCAAAACAGAGUUGUGGUUUUCGAUAAUGUGACCGAGGACCGCAUGCGCCAGGCACAGCAGCUUGACAAAUUGCUUGAUGUAGUGGACUCUGUUUGUGCAAACAACGGAGGAAAACCAUUUUCAGAUCAAAUGUUCACUCGCAUCAAGGAGGUGCAUGAUAGAGAAACAGAGGUGCAUACCAUGGGAUAUUCGGGAUAUUCAGACGAGCAGAUAUCUGAGUUGAAGAAGGAGAUUCAUAGAACCCGCGAUGAACAGCUUGCCCAUAUAACCAGCAUGGUUGAGGAAAAGCUAAACUGUACAGUCGAGAAGCUGCAAGAGCAACUCAUGGAGGAACAAAACGCAAGGCUCCAAGCAGAGAAAGUGGCAUAUGAAGCUAGGAUGAAAUCAGAAGAGGAGAUCAACAAGCUGAAGGAGAGCCUCAGGAAGGCCCAGUUGGAGAACGAGGAGUUCCGGAGGUUGGCGGCAGAGCGCAGGUGUGCUAUCCUCUAAGGGGUAGCCGCAUCAUCCAGGAUUUCCCUCUUCAAUCUUCAAUGGGUGGAGAGCAGAUAAAAACUUUUGCUGCCGUGCCAACGUCUCAUAUCUGUACAUUACUAGUAGUGAGUAUCAUCACAAACAUGCAAUGCGACUAAUCAGGAUGGUGUUCUUGUGAAUGGAUGGAUAAUCUAGUCUAUAUGCUUCUUUGCUGUGUUCUGGGAGGCUGGCAUGGUGAUUGUCU